UGAAUCAAUUCAAAUAGACGGAGAAUUAACGAGUUCUUGAACUUUUUAAUAAUUCAUCACUGCUUCUUCUUCAAGUAACGAACAAGCGUGUAUAUUUUAACCCUCCACAAACUUUAUUCCACUGCUUUCUUCAUACAAACAAAGUCAUUGUUUAUAAGGGAUCAUAGGACAAUGGACAGUGUAAUAGAAUCAGAGAAAGAUCCGAAGGUGGAUUCACCUAACAUAGCCGAAGCAGAAACCUCAAACUCAAAACCCCAUAAAGAAGAAAAAGAAGUUAAAAGAGAGUCUGUUCUGAAAGAAGAGAAAAAGAAGAAAGAAGAUGAAGACGAGAAGACAAAGACGGUGCCGUUUCACAAGCUGUUUGCCUUUGCAGACUCCUUUGACAUCAUAUUGAUGAUCCUCGGGACUAUUGGUGCUGUGGGAAACGGUCUUGGCUUCCCUAUCAUGACCAUCCUAUUCGGAGAUGUCAUUGAUGUGUUCGGACAGAACCAAAACAGUUCAGAUGUUUCUGACAAGAUCGCCAAGGUUGCUCUGAAGUUUGUAUACCUUGGCCUAGGAACCCUAGUGGCAGCUCUACUCCAGGUUUCUGGUUGGAUGAUCUCUGGUGAGAGACAAGCUGGAAGAAUAAGAAGUUUAUAUCUAAAAACCAUAUUGAGACAAGACAUAGCUUUCUUCGAUGUCGAAACAAACACAGGUGAAGUUGUUGGAAGAAUGUCUGGUGACACUGUCCUUAUACAAGACGCCAUGGGAGAAAAGGUUGGUAAGGCUAUACAGUUGAUAUCAACAUUUAUAGGUGGAUUUGUGAUAGCUUUCACGGAAGGAUGGCUUCUAACACUAGUCAUGGUAUCUUCAAUACCACUUCUAGUAAUGUCUGGUGCAGCUCUCGCUAUCGUCAUAUCGAAAAUGGCUUCACGUGGACAAACUUCUUAUGCCAAAGCUGCGGUUGUGGUCGAGCAAACAGUUGGGUCCAUAAGAACGGUUGCAUCCUUCACAGGAGAGAAACAAGCUAUAAGCAGUUACAACAAGCAUCUUGUCUCUGCCUAUAGAGCAGGUGUGUUCGAAGGAGCUUCCACAGGGCUCGGUCUCGGUACACUCAACAUUGUCAUCUUUUGCACUUAUGCUUUAGCUGUUUGGUACGGUGGGAAGAUGAUAUUGGAGAAAGGGUACACAGGAGGACAAGUUCUCGUCAUCAUCUUCGCGGUUCUAACCGGUUCCAUGUCGUUAGGACAGGCGUCUCCUUGCUUAAGCGCGUUUGCAGCUGGUCAAGCAGCUGCGUACAAAAUGUUCGAGACGAUUAAAAGAAAGCCGGAGAUUGAUGCUUUUGAUACAAGCGGGAAGGUUCUUGAUGAUGUUAGAGGAGAUAUAGAGCUUAGAGAUGUUAGCUUUAGCUACCCGGCGAGACCAGAGGAGCAGAUCUUUCGCGGGUUUUCGCUCUCUAUCUCGAGUGGUUCCACGGUGGCGCUGGUUGGGCAGAGUGGAAGUGGGAAGUCUACUGUUGUGAGUUUGAUAGAGAGGUUUUACGAUCCGCAGAGGGGUGAAGUGAGAAUCGAUGGUGUUAACCUUAAAGAGUUUCAGCUGAAAUGGAUCAGAAGCAAGAUAGGACUUGUGAGUCAAGAACCUGUUCUGUUCACGUCGAGUAUCAAAGAGAACAUCGCUUACGGGAAAGAAGACGCCACAGUGGAAGAGAUUCGUAUGGCUACAGAGCUUGCAAAUGCAUCUAAGUUCAUUGAUAAACUUCCUCAGGGUUUAGACACGAUGGUUGGAGAACACGGGACACAGCUUUCAGGAGGACAGAAACAGAGGAUCGCAGUGGCUAGAGCUAUAUUAAAAGAUCCAAGAAUCUUGCUUUUAGAUGAAGCAACAAGCGCGCUUGAUGCAGAGUCAGAGAGAAUAGUUCAAGAAGCUCUUGAUAGGAUCAUGGUUAACAGAACAACUAUUGUGGUCGCUCAUAGAUUGAGCACAGUGAGAAACGCAGACAUGAUUGCUGUGAUUCAUCAAGGAAAGAUCGUUGAGAAAGGUUCUCACUCUGAGCUCCUAAGAGACCCUGAAGGAGCUUACUCUCAGCUCAUACGUCUACAAGAAGAUAACAAAAAGUCUGAAGAUCCAACGGAAGAGCAGAAGAUAUCAAUGGAGUCUAUGAAACGGUCUAGCUUGAGAAAGUCAUCGCUGAGCCGGUCUUUAAGCAAAAGAUCAUCUUCUUUCUCUAUGUUUGGUUUUCCAGCAGGCAUAGACACAACCAACGAAACCAAACCAGAGCAAGGCCAGGAUUCUAGUCCCAUCAAGAAAGUAUCAUUCCUUAGAGUAGCUGCUUUAAACAAACCAGAGAUACCAAUGCUUAUACUCGGAUCUAUAGCAGCUGUUCUAAACGGAGUGAUACUUCCCAUCUUUGGGAUCCUAAUCUCAAGCGUGAUCAAAGCCUUCUUCAAACCACCUGAGCAGUUAAAAUCCGACACAAGGUUUUGGGCAAUCAUCUUCAUGCUUCUUGGUGUAGCUUCGAUGGUGGUCUACCCGGCGCAGACCAUCUUUUUCUCUAUAGCUGGAUGUAAACUAGUGCAGCGGAUAAGAUCGAUGUGUUUUGAGAAAGUGGUUCACAUGGAAGUUGGAUGGUUCGAUGAGACUGAGAACUCGAGUGGUGCUAUUGGAGCUAGGCUUUCAGCUGAUGCCGCUACGGUUCGUGGUCUUGUUGGAGAUGCAUUGGCUCAAACCGUACAGAAUCUUGCGUCUGUCACGGCUGGUGUGGUCAUCGCGUUUGUGGCGAGCUGGCAGUUAGCUUUCAUUGUUUUGGCCAUGCUUCCGCUGAUCGGGCUUAACGGUUAUGUUUACAUGAAGUUCAUGGUUGGCUUCAGUGCAGAUGCAAAGAGAAUGUACGAGGAAGCGAGCCAAGUAGCGAACGAUGCGGUGGGGAGCAUAAGAACGGUUGCUUCGUUCUGUGCAGAGGAGAAAGUGAUGAAAAUGUAUAAGAAGAAAUGUGAAGGUCCUAUGAAAACAGGAAUACGUCAAGGCAUAGUUAGUGGUAUUGGUUUCGGAGUUUCUUUCUUCGUCCUCUUUGCUUCUUACGCAGCUAGUUUCUAUGCCGGUGCAAGGCUUGUUGAUGACGGCAAGACAACCUUUGAUUCUGUUUUCAGGGUUUUCUUUGCUUUGACAAUGGCGGCUGUAGCUAUAUCUCAGUCGAGUUCAUUGUCUCCUGAUUCCAGCAAAGCUAGCAAUGCGGCUGCAUCCAUCUUCGCGGUUAUAGACAGAGAAUCGAAGAUCGAUCCAAGUGAUGAGUCUGGGAGAGUUCUUGAUAAUGUUAAAGGAGAUAUUGAACUUCGUCAUGUUAGUUUCAAGUAUCCUUCAAGACCAGAUGUUCAGAUCUUCCAGGAUCUUUGUCUGUCUAUUCGAGCCGGAAAGACAAUAGCUUUGGUUGGAGAGAGCGGAAGCGGGAAAUCGACUGUGAUUGCGUUGCUUCAGAGGUUUUAUGAUCCUGAUUCGGGUCAGAUCACUCUUGACGGAGUUGAGAUUAAGACCUUGCAGCUGAAAUGGCUAAGGCAGCAAACAGGACUUGUGAGCCAAGAACCGGUUCUGUUCAAUGAAACGAUCAGAGCAAACAUUGCUUACGGAAAAGGAGGAGAUGCUUCUGAAAACGAAAUAGUAUCUGCAGCUGAGCUGUCUAACGCUCAUGGCUUCAUUAGUGGACUACAACAAGGUUAUGAGACAAUGGUUGGUGAAAGAGGAGUUCAACUAUCAGGCGGGCAGAAGCAGAGAGUAGCUAUAGCGAGAGCAAUUCUUAAAGACCCUAAGGUGUUGCUACUGGAUGAAGCAACAAGCGCGCUAGACGCUGAGUCAGAGCGUGUGGUGCAGGACGCAUUGGACAGGGUUAUGGUAAACAGAACAACCGUGGUGGUGGCACAUCGGUUAUCAACAAUCAAGAAUGCAGAUGUAAUUGCUGUGGUGAAGAAUGGAGUGAUAGUUGAGAAAGGAAAGCAUGACACUUUGAUUGGUAUCAAAGAUGGUGUCUAUGCUUCUUUAGUACAGCUUCAUCUGAGUGCUUCUACAUAAACAUUUAUAUAAGAUUAUUACCAUUUGUGAGUAAUAUACAGUGGAAAUUAAAAAGUUUCAAUUUAUACAUUCAUUAUGGAAUGUUUGUAUA